AUGCGGUUACGCUCCAAGCGGCGCCAUGUCGCUCGCAGCGACUUUUUCUCCUUGAACUCGCUCGCCACGUCGGUGAUCGCUUUUGCAGCAUCGCCAGCGAGCGCCGUCACCUUCACUCCCGCUCCCUCUCCGAAUCUCGACCUUUCCCAGCUUGGACGGGUAGCCCUAGCAGGUGACUUCUCAGGCAUAUCCUUGUACCAGUUCGAGGAACAGAACGAGCAUUCGUUUCGCAGCAAUGGCAGCGAGAAGCUCCUCGCCCGCAUGCCAAAUGGCCUCUUCGCGCCCAUCGUCAAUACCGAUGCGACCAUUCGCACCAUGUGCGCUUUGGACACCGACAAUGGAACGGUAGUCGUGCUAGGCGGCAACUUUACGAGCAUACGAGGGCCCGACCACGGUGCGCCAGCCAUGCAGUCGAACGCAAUUGCGCUCUUCAACCCGACGACUGCCGCCGUCACGCCGCUCCCAGGCUUAUCGGGCUCGGUGAAUGCCCUGCUCUGCGACCAGGACCGGAACACGGUCUAUCUGGGAGGAAGCUUCGUAGGUGCUAACUCCACCAAUGCCCUGGCCUGGGAGAGUGGCCGGAGCUGGGUCAACCUGCCGUUUGCUGGUUUCAAUGGGCCAGUAAUGUCCAUAACCAAAGCCUCCAGUGGAAACAUCAUUUUUGGAGGCAAAUUCACUGGGCUCGGCAAUGCAAGCACUCCAAGCACCCCCGACGGCCAGGUUAUCAAUCUCUCGACUGCGAGUAUUUCCGCCGGUUUCUCGAGUACUACUCUAGGCUUCAGCGAUCCUAGGAACAUCAUCUGCAAGACGAGCGGAGGUGAUGGGGCGGGCAACACGUGGCUCCUCUCGGACAACGUCGCGGGCUUCUGGCAGGCAACAUUCAAGCAUGGGUUCCGGCCGACCAAGCUGCGUCUAUACAACACACAUCAGGAUGGGAGGGGUACAAAGACGUGGCGAUUCACAGCCUUGCCGAUCAAUGGCAUCAUGAACUUCACCUACAUCGAUCCCGCGACGAACCAGAAUGCAAGCUGCACGAGCGAGUGCCCGCUGAGCGACGACAAGUCUGUCAAGUUCCAGGAUUUCCAUUUUGUCAACGAGAUUGGCAUGAACGAAUUUCGCAUUGACAUCUCGGCCUGGUACGGCAGUGGCGGGGGGCUGAAUGGCAUCGAGCUGUAUGGCGACGACAUCUUCUCGUAUGCCGUCAACGACUUCAACGAGCCAUCUUGCGCUGGUCUUGGAUUCCCUUCCGCAGCGACCACAACUGGCCCAUGGGUUGUCACGCCCUCCUACUCAAGCACGGGCGAAUACCUGAGUGCCCAGCUUAUGGCCCCCAUCACGAACACGUCCGCCUCGGUCGUCUUCACCCCAGACAUCCGGGAAUCCGGGCAUUAUUCAGUCAAUCUUUACACGCCUGGCUGCAUCCAAGACAACACUUGCACUCUGCGAGGCCAGAUCAAGCUCACAGGGCAAAUGACAGCCGAUCCCACCAAGAGCCAGCCGAUCGAUGUCGACCUUUACCAAACCAACAACUUCGACAAAUACGACCAGAUCUACUUUGGCCUCGUCGACGCAAGCUCGAGCAGCUUCCGCCCUCGAGUAACAAUGACCCCAUUGGCCGGCCAGUCCCUGACUCAGAUGACAAUCGUCGCGCAACGCAUUGGCUUCACUUUGAUCAACAGCACAGGUGGCUUGAACGGGCUCUACGAGUAUACUCCUGGGGCCGCUGUGAACGCCAGCGAGUUCAUGCAGUCCGCCUUCAACCGUCUGGGUGCCAACUUUUCCACUGGAUCCGUUGUCAGUGCCCUGGCCACAUUAGGUGAUGUUACGUUCGUUGCAGGAAACUUCACCACCUCCGACAGCUUGCGCAACAUUGUUGCCGUGAAAGGCGGCGACGCCAACGCCCAUCGCCUCGACGGCGGGCUCAACGGCGAGGUCAAGUCCAUGUUCCUCAACGGCACCUCCCUAUAUGUGGGUGGCACCUUCACCAGCACAUCGGACAACUCGGCCCAGCGCCUCAACAAUGUUGCCAUGUUCGACACUUCCAAGAACACCUGGAGCCCGCUUGGUGCUGGUGUCGACGGCAGGGUUGUGCGCGUAGUUGGCGUGACUAUGAACAUCACCAGCUCGACUCCCGAGGUCGUGGUCAGCAUCAGUGGGGAUUUCGACCAGCUGCUGCCAUUUGGCGGUAAUCCAGCCGUCGAAGUGGAUGGCUUUGGUGUCUGGGUGCCGUCUCAAGGAAACUGGCUGAAGAAUCUGGACCUGCCAGUCGAGUCGGUUGACGGCGUGCUGGCCGCCUCCAUCUUGAAUUUCACUGGGGGCCACUCGCUCUAUGCCGGCUCGCUUUCGUCCUCCGCUCUGCGAGCUAAUCACGCCGCGAUCCUGGGCGGCGUAAGCUUGGGCCGGCUUCCAGUGGACAUUGAGCCUUCGACAGACUCCGCGUCCCCGAGCAAUCUGACCAAGCGCGACGGUACUUCUUUCCACGGCGGUGUCAACGGUGUGGCGACCGGCGUCUUUGACACCAACAACGGCCGAAACUUGACGAUCCUAGGUGGACACUUUACCGCCAAAGCCACCGACGGCUCUACGAUCCACAACCUUCUUAUCCUUGAUGGCUCCGACAACGAUCGGGUUACCGGCCUCAGCGACCAGAUUUCGUCCAACUCGACCUUUCUGGCCAUGGCUGUCGAAGGCGACAUACUUUUUGCGGGAGGGAAAGUUACGGGGACCGCGAACGGCGCCAGCGUCAACGGCCUUAUCACCUACAACCUUGCAAGCAAGUCAUUCAACACACAACCUCCUGCCCUAUCAGGCGGCAACGGCACCGUCUCUUCCAUUGCGGCACGUUCCAGCACCAAAGACGUCUACGUCGGAGGGUCCUUUAGCGCUGCAGGUUCCCUGGACUGCUCCGGCGUAUGCUUCUUCAGCACGACGGCUUCGCAAUGGAACCAACCCGGACGGAACCUCCGUGGCAACGUCAGCUCCCUCCUGUGGGCUACCGACAACCUCCUGCUCGCCGGCGGCAACCUCACCAUAAACAACACCGCCCCCACCUUCCUCGCCCGGUAUGAUGCGACUGCCCAAAGCUGGAACAUCUACCCCGGCGCCGACCAGCUCCCGGGCCCAGUAACCGUCCUCGCCGCCGGCGCCAGUGAUGGCGGCCAGAUCUGGGCCGCGGGCACCUCCUCCCGAAACGGCACCGCCUACCUGAUGAAAUCAGACGGCUCCACCUGGCAACAGGCCGGCCAAUCCGCCCUGCAGCCGGGAACCGACAUCCGCGGCCUGCAAAUCUUCUCCCUCACUGCCUCCCACGCCUCAUCAGCCCUCGUCAACGAAGACGAAGCACUCCUUCUCACAGGCUCAAUCGUCCUGCCCGAAUUUGGCUCGGCAUCAGCAGUCCUCUUUGACGGGACAACCUUCACGCCGUUCGCUCUCACCACAUCGGAGUCGCCCGACAAGCCGGGCAGCAUAUCGCGCGUGUUUUCCGAGAGGAGCGAUUACUUUGCCAAGUCAGGCGGCGGCCACAUGCCGCUCGUGUUUGUCGUGCUCAUCGGUCUGGCCAUCGCCCUGGGCCUGAUACUCUUGAUUGUGGCGGCGGGCAUCGUGUUGGACCGUAUCCGCAAGAGGCAGGAGGGGUACGUGCCGGCACCGACGAGCAUGAUUGAUCGCGGGAGCGGCAUGGCGAGGAUUCCGCCUGAGGAGUUGCUUGGCGGGCUGGGACGGAGGGGGGUGCCUCAGGUUUAA